AUGGAUACCGACGAUCGCGUUCAGUGUCACGCCUGCGGUCGAGUAUGGCCCCGCCGCCUGCAUGACAGCCUGGAGUGCCCGCACUGCGGCUCCGAUUUUACUGAAAUCGUUUGUAUUCCGAAUCUGACUUUGUUCAAUGAACUAUAUUCACGCGCGCAGAUUGAAAUUCCUCCCGACACGGACCCCGAACCCGAACUCUCACACCCCGACCCCCCCGAGACCUUCCCUGGCGACCGCUCGCCAUCCCCUCCGCCAGUCAAUCCUUGGACUGACCACAACCCAUGGGUCCGCAUGGACCCUGGGAGAGACAAUGGUAUGCAUGGAUGGGACGGAGGUCCUGGCUACCGCUAUACCCAGAGAACUUACCGGUCUCCCGGCGGUAACCUCCAGUUCUCUUUCUCAGCACACAGCAUGCCACCUCGCAGAGUACCUGGUGUACAAAGAGGGAUGGGUUCCGGCCCCGCGAUGGAUGGCUUGGACUCGUUCUUUCACGGUAUUUCCGAACUCAACCGGGAAACUGCUGGAAUAAACCGAGAACGGGCUGCGCGUGGCCAUGGGCCUAGCUCACCAUUCGAUGAUAUGUAUGGAGCAGGCAACCGGACAGGCCACAACCAGCCGCAUACGGGACUGUUUCCCCGUGAUGCAGAUGGGCCCCAGCCCAUGGACAACCCAUUGCGGAGUUUGUCAGAUAUUCUUCAAUUGUUUCAGUCCAACCUCGCCAACACGCAAACUGGCCCCGGUGGGCCCCAUGUGCGUGUUGUGACUGGAGGCGGAGCGCCUAUAGGGCAGCUCAUUUCUACACUCUUAAGCAUGCGCAGCGGCGAUGCAGUAUACUCCCAGGAAGAGCUAGACCGGAUAAUAUCACAACUAGCGGAGCAGAAUGGGGACCGCACUGCUGCGCCCCCAGCCUCUCAGGAUGCCAUUCACGCCCUCCCGAAGAAAGCAGUCACCAAGGAUAUGCUGGGAGGCGUUGAAAGCACCGAAUGUUCGAUUUGCAUGGACGCUGUCAAAGUCGACGACCAGGUCACCGUUCUUCCCUGCACACACUGGUUCCAUCCGCAGUGCAUCGAAAUGUGGCUGAGUCAACAUAACACUUGCCCACAUUGUCGACGAGCAAUAGACCCAACGAGUGAGGAAGCGACAACAACGGCGCCAUCCGAGGGGAACCCUAACCAAACUAGACGACCAGGCUCGUUCUCGAGAUCCAGCGCACAUUCUUCAUUUGAUGAAGAGCAGGGUCCCAGUUCACGGACAAGCCGUGGUGAAGGAUCGGGAAGUUGGGCUGGAUGGGAAUGGCAAUUUGGUAUCCAUGAAACGAACUACGCUGCGAGAAUGGAAUUCGAGCCGAUUCCCCGCACUCUCUUUCGCAACGCCGUUAUCGCCUCACCAACGGAGGCGUCUUGCCUGGCCGUGGAAGAUGAUCGUAUUGUUUACGUGGGCUCCGAGCAGAAUGCUCCUGUGUCUGACCAGCAGGUUGACCUAGCUGGACGGCGAGUUCUGCCGGGUUUCAUUGAUGGACAUAUGCACCUGCUCCUCUUCGGAGCCUCCCUAUCCAAAAUCGAUCUCUCGCAGUGCAAAAACAUAGAAGACAUCCGGAAUGCUAUCUGCACAGGUGCCGCUCAACGCCCACACGCAGAACGCCUUUUCUGCAGUGGUUGGAUGCAUUCCAUGACCGAUGGCCAGGCACUCGCCAGCAUGAUCGAUGACCUCGACACCCGGCCUAUCUUCAUCGACUCCAAAGACCUCCACUCCGCCUGGUGCAAUUCCGCUGCCCUCGCCGAUCUCGGCGUCGACGCUACCACCCCCGAUCCAGAGGGGGGAGAUAUUGCACGCGACAAGGAUGGCCGCCCCUCGGGACUCCUUAGCGAAGCUGCGGCCGUUACGAUUGUCUGGCCGCAUACCGCGCGCGUGGCCUCGGUAGCUGAGAAACACGCGUACGUGCGAAACGCCGUGGCCGCAUACAAUGCCGCCGGGUACACGGGGAUGGUGGAGAUGGCCACGGACGAGAAUAUUUGGGAGACGGUUGCGCAGCUGCGUGCGCAGGAAUCCAUCCCCAUUCGUCUCGCCAUGCAUUGGAUCAUCUCGCCUGCCGCGACAGAGGCUGAGGUUCUGUCCCAGGUUGAUCGGGCGAUCGCCCUACAUGCCGAAUACAACAAGACGACCUCGCCGGAUUUCCGUAUAGCAGGGAUAAAGGUCAUCUGUGAUGGAGUAGUGGAUGCCUGCACUGCUGCUCUUACUGAGCCCUAUAGUACAGCUGUGGCUUCGCCCGCGCCGCUCUGGGAGGCUGGUAUCCUCGCCAAGGUCGUGCAGCGGGCCGACGGGGCAGGUCUUCAGUGUGCUCUGCAUGCUAUCGGUGAUGCAGCUGUGCGUCUUGCAAUUGAUGCCUUAGAGACUGUGAAGCCGGCGGAUGGUGUCUCGCGUCGCCACCGUAUCGAACACCUCGAGGUCACGGCCCCAGGAGACGCAGAGCGGCUCGCAGCCCUAGGAAUAACUGCUAGUAUCCAGCCUGUCCAUGCUGACCCAGCUAUCCUGCGCGCCUGGACUCGCCUUCUCGGACCAGAGCGUGUGCGGCGUGCGUUUGCCUACCGGGAGUUCCAUGACAAGGGGGCAAAUGUGGCCAUUGGGACGGAUUCGCCGACGGCGCCGCACCUCCCGUUGCGGAACUUGUAUACGGCGACGACGAGACGGUCUGCGCGGGAGCCCCAAUGUGAGGAAACCGUGAACCCGGGGUUUGCCUUGAAUCUUUUGCAGGCUGUUCAGGCGGCCACGGCUGGGUCGGCGUAUUCUUGCUUCGCGGAUGAUAUCACAGGAUCUCUAGAGGUGGGGAAGAAGGCUGAUUUUGUGAUAGUUGAUAUGGAUUGGGAUGCAGAGAAGCUGCUGGAGGCAAGAGUUUGCGAAACGUACUUUGAUGGGAAGCGUGUCUUUUCCGCUGAUGCCAACUAG